CAAGGAGACGACCCUCGAUGACAGGGAGCACAUGCAUGAGGUCCCUACUACCGUUAGCCCUCAUCGGCCUCUUGCUCACAGCCAGCCCAGUGCACUCCAUCACUCAUGUCUGCAUUACGGCACAAUCAUAUGGCUACGACUGCCAAGAGUUCAAUGUAACCACAGAGGAUGGUUACAUCCUUGGGCUGCAGAGAAUUCCUAGAGGCAGACAAUGUGUCGGUGCUGCUAACGAGCACAUACCCAAGAAACCGAUCUUGCUUCAACAUGGUAUUCUCAUGGAUGGGUUCACAUGGGUGGUGAGCCCUCCCGGCGAGGGCUUGGCGUACGCCUUGGCCGAUGAAGGGUUCGAUGUAUGGAUAUCUAAUACGCGAGGAACAAAGUCCAGCAGAGGCCACAAGUUGCUCGAUGCUAAUGUGGAUGCGGCCUACUGGGGAUGGACGUGGGUGGAAUUGGCAAAGUUUGAUCUCACUGCUAACGUCAACUUCGUUCACAAUCUCACUGGCCAAAAAGUGAACUACAUCGCCCAUUCUUUGGGAACUCUGACUGCUCUGACGGCCUUCUCGCAGCAUAAGUUGGUGGACAAAGUGAAUGCCGCUGCACUCCUGAGUCCAAUUGCUUACCUGAAACACAUGACCAACCUCGUCCAAUUAGCUGCUGAAUUCUAUGGCGACGAACUAAUUAGCAUGUUGGGAAUCCCCGAAUUCAUUCCACAAAGUGCUGCUGUAGACGCUCUGCUUAGGACCAUAUGCUUGUUUCCGGGAUUAAGUUGUCGUGAUUUGGUAUCAGUAAUAACAGGAAAUAAUUGCUGCAUCAACCCGUCGAUAUUGGAUUUGUUCUUAAAGUAUGAACCGCAAUCAACAUCCACAAAGAACAUUAUGCAUCUAGCCCAAAUGGUUAGAAGUGGCAAAUUAAGUAUGUAUGACUAUGGAAAUGGUUCUGCAAACCUGAAGAACUAUGGGGUGGUGGAGCCACCAGCAUACAACCUCUCCAACAUUCCAGCAGAUCUUCCUCUCUUCCUCGGCUAUGGAGGCAUGGAUGCAAUUUCAGAUGUUGAAGACGUCGAGCGCUUGAUUGAUGAGCUCAAGCUUUUUCAUCAGGAAGGCAAGCUCACCUGUCAGCUUUUUGAGGAUUACGCACAUGCAGACUUCGUCAUGGCAACGGAUGCCAAAGAAAGACUCCACAGACCUCUUAUUGAAUUCUUUAACAGCAAUGAGCAUUCAAAUUAAUGCUUGCUAGAUACCACAAGAUCAUCCCUGAUCAGUGAUUUAUUGGUUAGAUUUCCACAUAAGAUGGCCAAUUUUCAGGUCCUUCACAAACUCUCUCUCUCUCUCUCUCUCUCUGAUAUGUAAAGUAGUGGGUGAAGGGCUGCCCCAAAAUCCUCGUUCAUGAACUGUGUUACCAUCUUAGUCAUGUUCCUUUUUCUUGAGAAAAAAUA